UUCAAUGUUUUUAUUUUCCGAUAUUUUCAUUAAAUUUUCAUUACAGGAAUAUUUUUUAGAUUAUUAUAAUAAAAUUCAUUAUAAAAAUGUUUAUUUUUAUUUAAAAGUAUAAUUUUAAGCAAUAUUCAAUGUUACGAAGGAAUAUAGCGCUUCUUCAAAAAUAGGGGUUUUUAGGGGGAUUUCAGAUGGAUUUUGGGGGGGGACGGUCCGUAGGAGUUGGCAACACUGCUCGCUGCCCUUGUAUAGCGUCACGUUUUUUCUUUGUUGACGUCAAGGCGAAAAUAGUAACCGAUAACCGCGACGCGUUUGGACACUACGCUUCGAACAUCAUCAUUGUCGAAGUGCAAUGUUCAAACGAAAACAAGAAGUAUUUCAAACGUGGAGAAUUAACAGCCAAGGAAACGGAGACGUCUGAUAAUACAGGACAAAAUAGUGAUGCUGUGAAAAGCAACGUUGGGCAACAUCCGACUGAAUCCAGUACAAAUACUUCAGAGCAUUUGACACUUUCAAGGCCAGAAGUUAUUCGGAGACUUCGCGAACGAUGCGAGCCCAUAACAUUAUUCGGAGAAUCCGAAGUCGAUUCGUUCCAGAGAUUGCGAAAACGAGAAAUCCUUGAACCAGAAGUUAAUAAAGGUUUUCGAAAUGAUUUCCAAGAAGCAAUGGAACAGGUUGAUCAGGCCUACCUUAACGAGUUAUUGACAUCCUCAAAACCAAACGGCCGUGACAGACAAGGAGACGUCAAUGUGCCUGAUGAGGGAGUAACUUAUGAUGAUUUACAGAAAAUGUCUGUAAAAUUGAACAAAGGUGAUCGAGACUAUGACAUGACCGUUAUAACACAAUUUCUCCAGUUUCUUGUGCAAAUAUGGGGAAAUAAUUUGAACAGUCGAGGAACAGCUGAAAAAAUGAGCACAAGAGGAAAAAUGGCGAGUGCUACUUACGCUCAAACGAGAGAAUAUCUCAAGCCUCUCCUUAGAAAGCUCAAAAAUAAAUCCCUCCCUGAAGAUAUCACUGAUAGUUUGACAGAAAUAGUCAAACAUCUUUUGGAACGAAACUACAUUUUGGCCAGUGACGCGUAUCUUCAAAUGGCGAUUGGUAAUUCUCCUUGGCCGAUUGGUGUGACCAUGGUUGGUAUUCACGCGCGUACAGGACGAGAAAAGAUUUUUUCGAAAAACGUCGCUCAUGUAAUGAAUGACGAGACUCAGAGAAAAUACAUACAAGCACUGAAAAGAUUAAUGACGAAAUGUCAAGAAUAUUAUUCCACGGAUCCAUCUCGAUGUGUCGAAUAUUCUAAGAUUUAGGAAUCAAUGCUACUUAUUUGAAGACAUUUGUAAAUAGGAAAUCCGCCAAUAAUAUGUAAAUAUUCGCAAAUAUACUGAACGUUUUUUCGUA